UAAGAAAACGAAGCACAUUCAGCUCGAGAGAGGCAAACAUUCAAACGCAACGUGCAUGGCCGCGUGACAGGUUUCUACAACUGCAAGAAGGCGGGCACCUGGCACCGAAAAGUACCAUCGUGUGUCAGGCUGUCAUUUCUAGAGCAGAGUGAAGCCAUAACUGCUGCAUGGAGCACAAGUUACCGCUGGCGGUUACAUUACAUCUUGGUCUAAUCUGCCCUCUUUAUGCAUGUAGAGAGAAGACGAAGCACAAGUGGGAAUGACGCUCAAUACAUCCCAACCGGGGCCCGCGUCCCAAGGGAACUCAUCAUGUGACCACGAUAUGACUGAAUGGGAAGAGCUCAUGAACAAGUUGUACACAUACUUCUACCUGUUGCUCUUCAUACCAGGGAUGCUCCUCAACACAAUGGCUCUGUGGUUCCUUUGCAGACACAUUAGAAAGAAGACCAAGACGGUUAUCUUCAUGAUAAAUCUGGCAUUAGCAGAUCUGGUUCACAUCCUGUCUCUGCCUUUAAGGAUUUAUUACUAUUUAACACACACGUGGCCCUUUGGGCACAGUGUCUGCUUGCUCUGCUUCUACCUUAAGUAUCUCAACAUGUACGCAGCCAUCGGAUUUUUGAUGUGUAUCAGCGUACAGAGGUGUGUCUUCCUGCUUGACCCCUUCUACACUCGAAAGUGGAGGAGCCGCUAUGACCUCGUGAUCAGUAUAGUGGUGUGGCUGCUUGUUGCUCUGGCCUGCUCACCCUUCAUCCUCAUGCGUGCAAGCAGCAACAGCGGCACCGCCCAUUCACAUCUCAAAUUUAACAAGUCAUCCCCUCUGAAUGUCACCGUGACUUCUUUGACCUCCAGUCUCAGCGCGUUGAUGAAUGAAACUCAGGUCCCCUGUUUUAAAGACUUGCCCAUGCGUCAUGUGCCCUUCUCUCUGGCGGUCACCUUAAUGGUGCUCGCCGAGCUGUUUGGCUUUGUGAUUCCUUUGGCUUGCAUCAGUUGGAGCUCCAUCUGCAUCAGCUGCUCCUUUUACCAGAAACACAACCAGAUUUCAAACAAGUCGACUCUGUGUCUUUCGAUGCGGAGUCGACCCUCCGCUUUCACCUCCGCCGAUAAGAAAGAUGAGACGCAACGACCCAGUGGGGAGAAACAGCGCGCACUGCGGAUGGUUCUGAGUUGCACCUUCGUCUUCCUGUUGUGCUUUGCCCCGUACCACAUUAAUUUCCUCCUCUAUCUGAUGGUGCAACAAAACUUAGUGUCUGAGUGCGCCACCCGUUUGGCCGUGCGCCAGUUUCACCCUGUGUCCCUGUGCUUGGCCAGCCUGAGCUGCUGCCUUAACCCAUUGCUCUACUACUUCCUAACAGCUGAAUUCAGAUUGCACCUCAGGAGGCAAACCUCCUCUUUCACUUCCUCUUUGGUCAGCUCUAAGAACCCUGUAAUGCACAGAUUGUUGAGCUUUGAGAGCAGCUCUUCCAAAUGAGAGGAGAGUGACCGGGCUAAUUUAAAACAUCGUGUUAGGAUAAAAAUGAAAACGUAUGUAUAUACUGUAUUGUGUAAUAGACAUAUAUUUUGCUGAAACACUCUCUGACUUUAAAUCCACGCAGGGGAAGCAAAUGCUCUCUCAGAAGGUUUCACAAGACACGGUUACACAUUACAAGCAGAAGCAUUAUCUAAAUGGAAAUGUAUGUCUUCAUGUGUAAAUAAAGCUCUGGAUUAUCUACAA